AUCCCUCAGCUCGGCAUGGAGAGCCCGGGACCCGGCGCUCGGUGCCCAGUGCAGGAGCAGCGUGCCCGCUGGGAGCGGAAACGUGCCUGCACCGCCCGGGAGCUGCUGGAGACUGAGCGGCGCUACCAGGAACAGCUGGGGCUGGUGGCCACGUACUUCUUGGGGAUCUUGAAAGCCAAGGGGACCCUGCGACCACUAGAGCGCCAGGCCCUAUUCGGGUCCUGGGAGCUCAUCUACGGUGCAAGCCAAGAGCUGCUUCCCUACCUGGAGGGAGGAUACUGGGGCCAAGGGCUGGAAUGCUUCUGCCACCACCUGGAGCUCUACACCCAAUUUGCUGCCAACACAGAGAGGUCCCAGACUACCCUGAAGGAGCAGCUAAAGAAAAACAAAUGUUUCCGGAGGUUUGUGCGGCUUCAGGAAGGCCGCCCUGAGUUUGGGGGCCUUCAGCUCCAGGACCUGCUCUCUCUGCCUCUUCAGCGGCUCCAGCAGUAUGAGAAUCUCAUCGUUGCUUUGGCUGAAAACACAGGUCCCAACAGCCCUGACCACAAACAGCUCACACGGGCUGCCCGGCUGGUAAGUGAGACUGCCCAGAGAGUCCACAGCAUUGGUCAGAAACAGAAGAAUGACCAGCACCUCCGGCGUGUCCAGGCUCUGCUCAGUGGACGCCAGGCAAAGGGGCUUACCUCAGGACGCUGGUUCCUGCGCCAGGGCUGGCUGCUGGUCGUGCCUCCCCGUGGGGAGCCUCGGCCCCGCAUGUUCUUCCUCUUCUCCGAUGUGCUCCUCAUGGCCAAGCCUCGACCUCCAUUGCACCUGCUGCAGAGUGGUACAUUUUCCUGCAGGGCCCUCUACCCCAUGGCCCAAUGUCAACUCCAAAGGGUAUUUGGCCACUCAGGAGGCCCUUGUGGUGGACUACUCAGUCUGUCCUUCCCUUACGAGAAGCUACUGCUCAUGUCCACAGACCAGGAGGAGUUGUCACACUGGUACCACAGUCUGACUUUGGCUAUCAACAGCCAGAAGAACUAG